AUGACGCGCACGAAGCAAGUGCCCAACAAACGCCAGGCGUCAUCGGAGUUCUUCAACAAGGAAACAGCCGCCUGGGAGUCGUCCAACGCAAAGCCCAAGCCGAAUGGAUCUGCUGUCGUGGGCAAGCCUGCGCCGGCCAAAGCGGAGGCGGGCGUUGUGCAGCUCGUCAUUGCCGUCGCGGGCAUCUACGCCUCCUUCCUGAUCUGGGCGUACCUCCAAGAAAAAUUGACCACGACGCGCCACGGCCCCGCGCAGGAAGUCUGGCACUUUCCCGUCUUCCUCAACACGAUCCAGUCGGUCCUGGCCGCGCUCGUCGGCCUCGUGUACCUCGUCGCGUCGACGCCGCGCGGCGCGCGCGUGCCGCCCGUCAUUCCCUCGGCGCGCAUACUGGCGCCGCUCGCGCUCGUGGCCGUGACGUCGAGCCUGGCGUCCCCGUUUGGCUACGCGAGCCUGGCGCACCUCGACUACAUCACGUUCCUGCUGGCCAAGAGCUGCAAGCUGGUGCCGGUGAUGCUGCUGCACGUGACGGUGUUUCGGCGGCGGUACCCGCUGCACAAGUACGCGGUCGUGGCGGCGGUGACGGCCGGCGUGGCCGUCUUCACGCUGCACUCGGGGCGCAAGAAGCGCGGGAGCAAGCUCGGCGACGAGGCGAGCGCGGCCUGGGGCAUGCUGCUGCUCGGCAUCAACCUGCUGUUUGACGGGCUGACGAAUAGCACCCAGGACUACAUCUUUGGCGCCUUUCAGCCGUACGCCGGCCCCCAAAUGAUGUGCGCCAACAAUGCCAUGAGCUCGCUCGUCACCGGCGCGUACCUGCUCGUCGGGCCGGCGCUGCUCGCGGCGACGGGCGCCGGUGAGUGGCUCGGGGUGGGCACCGGAGAUGCGGGUGAGAUGGGUGCUGCGAUGGCGUUUAUGGCACGGUACCCGGCGGUGUGGUGGGAUGUGCUCGGCUUUGCCGUCUGCGGUGCCGUCGGCCAAGUAUUUAUCUUUUACACGCUGUCGACGUUUUCAUCAGUGCUGCUGGUGACGGUGACGGUGACGCGCAAAAUGUUCACCAUGAUUCUGUCGGUGCUGGCGUUUGGGCAUCGGCUGACCGGCAUGCAGUGGCUCGGCGUGGGCUUGGUCUUUGGCGGCAUCGGUGUGGAGGCGGGGAUUGCGAGGAGGGACAAGAUGGCCAAGGAGGAGGCGAAGAAGGCCAAGUCGGGAUGA